AUGAAGUUCCUCAAGGUCGGCCGAGUCGCCAUCAUCACCCGCGGCAGAUACGCCGGAAAGAAGGUUGUCAUCAUCCAGCCCGUUGACAACGGCAACAAGCCUCACCCUUUCGGUCACGCCCUGGUUGCCGGCAUUGAGCGAUACCCUUCCAAGAUCACCCGCCGCAUGUCCAAGACCCGCCAGGAGAAGCGAAACAAGAUCAAGCCUUUCAUCAAGGUCAUCAACUACAACCACUUGAUGCCCACUCGCUACACCCUGGAGCUUGAGGGCCUCAAGGGCGCCGUCUCCAACGACACCUUCAAGGAGGUUUCCCAGCGCGAGGAUGCCAAGAAGACGGUCAAGAAGGUGCUCGAGGAGCGAUACACCAGCGGCAAGAACCGUUGGUUCUUCACCCCUCUCAGUAUGUUAUCCCAUCGCUGCGCUAUACCACUCGAGCGGAGCUGCAUGAAAGCCCGCCGAGUACUCUUGGGAUUUACAUAA